AUGAGUUCCGGCGGCGGAACUUCGUCAGGACUUCACGAUGAGCGAAGAUUAUUUGAGCAUUUUGUGAUAGCUGGUCUUGAUGAAACUAAGCCAUUGGAACAUUUAACACCUUCGAAUCAAGAAUGUGGAUUGAAAAAUACACAGCCUUUGGCACCAAUUGUUGAUAUCACUGUGAUUUUUCCUGAUUUUGGAGAGAAGGUAAGCAGUUUCUAUGAAAAAAAUCUUAAAAUGAGGUUUUUAUGAAAAACGUCACGUUCUGAAUUCAAAAAAAAUAAAUAUUUUUUAUACUCACGUAAAUAAAUCAUUUCUAAAUUCAUAAUUUUCAAAAAACGGUCGGAAGAAAAAUGUGUGAUAAGUGAGUUGUUUUUGGAUUUGAGCCCCAGAACUCAUUGAUUUUUUUUUAUUUUUGAAAAAUCCAAUCUUGAUGAUACUAACUGAAUCGGACUCUUUCGAGCAUCAUCAGAAAAAUUUAGUUAUGACGUGGCAAAAAUAGAAUCCCCAAAUCCCUGAAAAUUGUAUUUUUCGUGAACAAACUGACGAAUUCCGCUUUUUAAAAAAUCUUCAUUUUUGCAGCCUCCCGAAGGAUACGAAGUAGUAGAAAUCACAACUCUUGGUUAUACAGCAGAUCUAAAUCAUGGUUCAAUUCGAACUCCUUCAUGUUUUCUUUGUUUUCGUCGAGGUUAUCAUAAAUUCCCUUUGGUUGAUAUCACAAUUCUUGACGAAGGAGAUGGUGAUAAACCAAUGGUUGAUUCAAAUAUUGUACAAACAACACCUUAUGGAAGACCAGCAAAUGUUAAUAAUACAACACAUGGAAUAUAUUUAACAUAUCGAAGAGCUGCACCAGAUGCAGCAAGUAGUCAAUUUGUUGUGACUGAUAUUAAAGUGAUAUUGGAAAAUAAAGGAGAAAUUGCACCUCAUACUUAUUAUAAAAUACCGAAAAAGUUGAAUAAGGUAAGAAAUUAUCAGCUGCUUUCCAAAAAACAUUUGAACAUCUUCCCAUUUUAUUAUUUUUUGCAGGGAAUAAUUGGUUCAGAUGUCUACAUUUGCUAUAAAAAAUCACAAGGUGUUGGAAAACGACUCGCUUAUAAACCGACUGUCCUCGAUUAUUUCCCGAGAAUCGAUAAAUCUGAGGAAAUGGAGGAUUUCAAAUUGGCGCAAAAUGUGGCGAUGUUUUGUUUACCGAUGGGAGCAUUGAUUGAAGGAUGGCAGGCAAAAUGCUCGCCACCGGAUCGAAGUUUUUCGACUUUUGUUUUGACUGACGAAGUGAGUUUUGAGUUGGGAUUUUUAGGCUAAAAUUUCAAACAUGAAAGUAAUUUUGAAAAAUUGUUUUUUUUUUCUGAAACAAAAUUUGAGUCUCCAAAAAUAUCUACUAUUCUCAAGAAGAAAUAUUUUUUCCUGCAGAAUGGUACAAAAUUCUAUGGUUCAGCCGUCACAUUUUAUGAAAGAUAUAACAAAAAAUUAACCGAUAAUCAACUGGAAUAUUUGGAUUUGAAACCUGAUGAAGACAAAGAUUUGAUGGAAGGUGGAACUGUUGAUGAUUCCACGAGUAAUAAUGAUCCUGCUGAUGAUGUAAGUUGGAUUUUCUCGACAUCAUUUUAGAAAAAUUAUAUUUUCUUGCAGAUGAUAUUCUUCAAAAACGUGUCAAUUUGUUUGAUCUCACGAUAUCCGUUUUUCAAUUCAUUCAAACGUUUUUUGUUCUUUUUGCAUCGAAUGUCAGCAUCACAAAAUGUACAAUAUACUGUGCCAAUUGAAAGAUAUAUUUCACAUUUAGUGAGUUUUUUUUUAAAUUUAAAAAUUCUAAAUCUUGACAUUGUUUUAUUUAUGACUUGUUAGUAAAUCUUCUAUUUUUUAGAAUAGUGAAGCCCAACUUUUUUUAAUUUUCAUAAGUCAAAAAAUUGUAUUUUAUUAAAAAAUCAAGUCGAAGUUUUAGAAAAAUUGCCUUUAAUAUUACUAUAUGAAGUUCCGAACUCAAGUUUUCUCAAAUUCUCGAUGUUUUUGCAGAUGCAUGAAGUAUCCUUUCCUACUCCUCGUCGUCCACGUGUUUUUAUGCAACUCGGAGCUGAAAAUAUAAGUUUUGAUUCACACGAUGAUAGUCAACUUCCUUUGAAUGGUGCUCAACUUUUGGAUACUCUCAAAUUCCUUGGUCCCGACAAUUUGAUGUAUUUAAUGUUGCUCGCAUUACUCGAACAAAAAAUCUUGAUACAUUCAUUGCGUCCUUGGAUGUUGGCUGCUGUCGCUGAAAGUGUUUGUGCACUAAUGUUCCCGUUUCAUUGGCAAUGUCCUUAUAUUCCACAAUGUCCACUUGGUUUGGCUGGUGUUUUACACGCUCCACUUCCAUUCAUUGCUGGAGUUGAUUCGAGAUAUUUUGAAUUGUAUGAAGAUCCGCCACAUGAUGUGACAUGUUUUGAUUUGGAUACGGCUACAAUUAGUUAUUCUUCGAUUCGAGCCACUUUUAAGAAGGAAAUGUUACCGAAAAAACCAGCAAAACAAUUGAAAAUGGCAUUGAGGAAUAUUGUGGAAGAGUGAGUUUUGGGGGAAAAUUACUCAUUUUCGGCUUUCUUAACAAUAAAAUUCUUGGGGUUUUUACGUUUCAAACAUUUCAGAUAUAUCUUAUUUUUUCCAAGAAAGCUGAUUUCAGUUUCAAAUUAUUCUUACAAUUAAUAUUGAUUUGACUUUGAGUUUUUACUCGAAAAAUCGAUUUUCGAUGUGAAAAAAACACAUUUUAACUGCAAAAAAAAUAGUCGUAAUACAAAAUGAAAUCUUGAAAAAAAGAAAAGAUCACUGAAAAUUCGUUGUCAAUUUUGAUAAUUUACGUUUCAAAAGUCAUUUCUCCCAAAAAAACAAAAGACUUUCUCCCCGAAAUCAGAUAAAAUCCAUAAUUUUCUUUAGAUAUAGCAAAGUAAUAGCCGAUACAAAAACUGGUCGUUCCGAAUUCACUCCAGUUGACAAAGAUUUGAUUCGACAAAGACAACGACGCGAUUUUGAGACACAAAUUCAAGACGCUUUUUUGAAAUUCAUUGCAUCGCUCAUGAAAGGAUAUAAAGCAUAUUUGAGGCCAAUCACACGUGCUCCGACAAAUGAAAAUGCAACUGAUACUGGCAAAUUAUUUGAUUUAGAUGGAUUUUUGAAAUCACGCGAAAAAAGCUCGACCGAAUUUUAUAAGCGAUUUUCGGAAACUCAAAGUUUUAUGCGAUUUAUUGAGGAACGAAGUUUUUUAUCGGAUCGAAAUACUUAUAAUCAAUUUUUUGAUGAUUGUAUUGAAAAAUUGAACAUGGCUGAAUAUGGUGGGUCUUUUUUUUGGUUUCGUGAAAAUUAGCCUUAUGUUAAAACAUUGGGUUUUUUCCAGAAGGUCGUGAUAGUUCGAAUGUUCAACUCUUGGAACCUGAUACUUCGCAUAAUCAUACGACCGUGAGUUUUCAUCCCAAAUUUCGGCCUUUUUUUGAGCCCGUGUAUUUGCUCAUUUUUGAAUAUUUCCAUUUAUAUGAUCCGCAUGAUUUUUUGUGGUGAUUUUAUAUUUUGUGAGCUUUCAAUAUUUUUCAUCUCUCUUUUUUUGUGCAGAACGCAAGUUUGUUUGGAGAUUCGCGAAGUUCGAUGGUUCGUUUUUUCCUUUUAUUAGCCUUUUGUUCUGCUCUAAUUCUUAUCGCACGUUUAUGUUUUGCAUGUUAACACAAAACCGGAAAAUUUGGGGAGUUUAAAAUUGAAUUUUGCAGGUUUUCAUCCCGUCGCCUGAAUCAUUUGUGAGCCCGAAAACUGGAGAGGAAAUGAGAUUUGAGUAUACGGUAGGUUUUGGGUCUCACUUGGAAAAUGUGUUGAAAAAAAUCGCUCGUGUGGGAGGCACCUAUGAGAUUAUUUUUUUACAGGAAUUCCCAGUUCACCUCAACACAGAAUAUUUCCAAUUGGACCAACUCGAAAAAGAUGGCGAAAAAGUUCCGAUACAUUACGAAGCUUCUCGUUGUACAGCAGUUCGUACAAAACCCGAAAUGAAAAGCUCACUUUUGGCAGCGAUAAAUACUGUGAAAACAAAUCCACUUCAUGUGAGUUUUUUCAAAUUUUUUGUAUUUAAAAAAACCAGGUAUUGUUUAGUGGGCAAAAACUCUACUUUUCUACUCGUAUUCAUUGUGGUUUAUGCAAUUGGAAAGUCUUUUAUUGGCGGCGCCGAAUAAGAAGAAGAUUUUGAGAUUGGCUUUUAAUGUGAGUUUUGUUGGUCCCUAGACGGUUCUUUUCAAUUGAUUAAUUUCAGGUUCUCGAUCGAAUGGAACGGACAGAAAUAUUCCCGCUCGAUCAAGUUUGUUAUCGAAUUUUAAUUGAACUUUGUGGAAAAUAUGAUCAACCGGCGAUGGCUGUCAAAGUAUUGCAGGUUGGUUUUUGAAAUAAUUUGAGGGUUGAAAUACGUUUAUAAAUUUUGUUUGAAGAUUUUGUUGCAUGAAAAUAACAUUACUCAAGCGGAAUAGGUUUUGAAAAUAUUAUAACGCAACUUGAUCCAAUGAAAUAUCAAUGAUCCCACUCACACCCAUUCCUGAAUCCCAAUUAAUUUCAGGCUAUGCAACGUGCUGGACUUGAACAAAACGCUGUGACUUAUGGAAUUUAUCAUCGAGCUGUAAUGGAUGCAAAAUGGCCAAGUGCAGCUAGACAAAAAGCAAUUCGAAUGUGGUCGAUUUUAAGGAUUGCUAUCAACGCAUCUGAUGCUUUUUAUAAGUUUGCAAAUGUUGAAAAACGACGACUUCAAACAUUAAAUACCAGAGAAAUUGAUAAUAAAAAUGGAACGAAGAUUGAGGAAGUUACUGUCGAUUAUGAAAUAUCUUAUCAUCCGUUGCCUUCUGAAAAAGAAAAAGAAGAAGAAGAUCCACUUGGAGCAAAUAAAUUGAAUGCGCAGAAAAAUGGGAUUGGAAGAAAGAAUGAUGUUGGAAUGUCACCAUCUCGCGCCAAAUUUCUUGCUGAACAUUCUUCAAAACUUUUCUCAUCGGAAACAACGCCGAAAGCGGAAAAAAGUGCGAGAAAAUCGGAAGGAUGGUUGAAAGGAAUUGCCAAUUCGCCGAUGUUGAAAAUGAUUCGAUCUACCACUUUUGGUAUGUUUUUAAAGAAGGGAUUUCGAAAAAAACUAUGAAUUGAAUUGAGGUUUCUUAAAGAAAUAGACAACUUUUAAGCUACGGUUCAAAACAUACCAAAAUUACUUUUUUCGUACUAUUUUUAACACAUCUGCAAAGAGAGAACUCACAAAACUCACUCUAACUCUUUUUUGAAGCAAAAGAAAAAAAUUAAAAAACCCUCGUUUGAAAAUAAAAAAAUUGCCGCGAUUGUGUGAGCGCAGUGUCACGCGGAGUCUCGUUGUUUUACUUUUAUUUUUUUGGUUUGUGGAAAGCAAGAAACCUAAAGAAACCGAAUAAAAAAUUGGAAAAAUUCAGCAAAUUUAUUGAAAGAAACACUUUACAUAGCAUUUGAGUGAACAUUUGAGCAAAGAAAUUUUUGGAUAGGCUUCGAAUCUUCAAAAAUUGGCGAAUUUCUGAAAAUCGCAGAAUUCCGGGAUGUUUUUGGCGAAGCAUCACUUUGUUUAGCCUCCAAAUCCAUUAACACAGCACAUUGAAGUUGUUCUCUGAAAUUAACAACAAUUAAAUCAGUUUCAGAUUCAUUUUUCAAUAAAACUUUGAAUUUUGAUGGACUCGCAGCCAAAAUCGUUACAAAACUAACAAUUAAAGAUGUUAUUUGUUCGAUUCUGCCUAGAGUCACUAUCAUCUAGCAUAAAACUUUGAAAAAACUCACCAAACGUCAUAAAACGACUUGAAUUGAGAAUUCCAUCGAAAAUCCUUCGAAACUUGUAAAUCGCCAAUUUUUCCUGAAAAUGAACAUGAAAACCAUGAAAUGUUCAUGAAAACUUACCUAAAUAUCGACAAUCAUGAUUCCUGAUGUGCUGCGAUAGUCAAAAACCGAUUUUCAUCACAAAAAUCCGUUUUUUGCAAAAAAAAAACGAAAAAAAGAAAAGUAAAAAAAAAAGUCUGCAAACACCGCACACCGCCGCCCAAAAAUGCACUAGAUUAUCUAGAACUCGGCGGGCGUUCAAAUUCGAAUUAUUUUUUUCAACCUUGCGCCAUUUCUAUCAACGCACAUAUUUUGAAUGAUUUCUGGUUGGAAAGUAUGUAGAAAAGUAAGCAAAAUCAAGAUAUUGGGCCAGCCUGAACCUCAGUUUUAAAAGUUGUCUAUUUCUUUAAAACUGAAUUUUAUACGUUUCGAAAAUUUUAUAUUAAAUGUUUUUGCUUAGUUUGUGAAUUCUGGUUUCAUUUUUUGUGUUAGGAAUAAAAUAACAGCAUCUAGAAACCACGACUUCAGUCUCCCAAAAAAUUAUUUGUUUUCAUUCCAGAAACCCCAAAACCCGUUGAGAAUGCUGGUAGUGCAAGUCCAAGCCUGAAUUCAUUUGUAAAUCAUGUUCGAAAAGGUUAUGAUGGAGUUGUAAAAGAUGUAGUUCCAUCAAGAUUCCGAAAAGGAAUGUCAAGUAUUUUGACAAAAUCAGUUGGAGCAAUGGGAAGUGGAAUGAUUUAUUCGGAUGAGAAAAAUGAGAAUCAAUUUGCAUUGAAUCCACAAGAUCCGGCAUAUUUCUUGGAUUCUAGUCAACCUGCGAGUAUUUUGGGAGAAGAUUUUUGGAUGAGAGAAGUUUAUUUGCAAGUUAGAAGAACGAAAGAGCGAUUAAGAAGUGAAAAAAAUCAAGAAAAUCCCGAAGAUAAUGCUGAACAAAAAGGACGAUUAGAAGUUGUGAUUUGUGCGGCAACUGUUUGUCCAAGUUGUUCAACUAUGAUUUAUGAUGAAGAAAUUAUGUCAGGAUGGAAAGUUGAUGAUCAAAAUUUAAAUACUGUUUGUACACAUUGUUGUGCUGGAAUGGGAGCAACUGAUGCGAUUGUUGAAGCGACAAAAGCUGAAGAUGUAUUUGCACCGAGAUUGAAGAUUCGAAUGAAAUGGAUUGAGGUAUGUAUAAUUACAAUACAGACAGAUUUACAGUAAGAUUUAUAGAAUAUGAAUUUGCGAAUUUUCGUGCAAAACAUUUUCUUAUUCAAAAUUUCGAUAUCGACCUCUAAAUAAUCGUAAACCAAAAAAAAUAAAUCAGAAAAACAUUCAGAAAAAUACCCAUAGAUCCAAAUAAAAUCCAAAAAUUACACUUUUGCAAAGAAAUUUUUGUUGAAAUUCAAAUUUCCAGGUUCCAAAUGCGAGUUUUUAUUCGGCCGGCGGAUUGGUUGAAUCAAGAAAAGGAACACCCGAGAAAAAAUCCACUCCUGAACCACAAGAUCAAACUCAAAAAGAAAAUCCGGAAGAAUCGCUUGAAGUUGCAUUUGUUAGCCCACUUGUUUUGAGAAGAGAAUUGGAAACUAUUUUGGCUGGAGAUAAGGAGGCUAUUAAGGUUGGUUUGAUUUUUUUCGCUGAAAAUCUUGAACAUAUUUUUUUCCAGAAAGAAUCGCUGAAAGAAACGCAUCCAGUUGUCUUUUGGAAUAUGAUUUAUUAUAUGAGAAGAUUGGGAUUACCGAGUCAUUUAUUCAGUUGGAUUGCAGAAAGACAUCAUAUUCGAUGUGUUUUUGAUUUACCUGAUCAACACAAAGACGCUUUUCCCUUGUAUUUUUCGAAUCCAAAUAAUGAUGUGAGUUUUCUGAAUUUUGUUAUCGAAAAUUGAAAAUUUUUAAAGAAAUGUAUAAUUUUUCUGAAACAGUAAAAUAAAUCAGAAAUUGUUCCGGCAUAAAAAUAUUAUAAGUAUCAUUUUUUGUAAAUUUUCACUUUAUCAUCAUGAUUCAUAAUAUUCGUGUUUCAGUUCCGCCUCGAAAAUCCAAAUAUUUCUCGCCACGAAGAAACUUGGAAAUCGGUCACAACCGCUGUUCAAAAUAAUGAUUUGUUCCGCGCAAUUCAAACAUUGAUUAAUUCGUCGAGAAGAGUUGCUAAAAAUGGACAAGUUACGAUUGGAAAACAUUUUCCUAUUUAUCGGUGCGUUUUUUUUUGGAAUGUAGGAAUCAUCGUAAAUUUUUCUUAUUACAAGAAAGUAACAUUUUGAGAAUAAUGUUAUGUUUUUGACGAAGCAGUGAAUCUUUUUUGAAAUUUUUAAAAAUAAACUUCUGUCGUUUUAAAUUUGGGUUACUGUAUAUAAAAUUUUAGCAUUGGGAUUGUUGUUUCAUUUUUUAAAUAAAAGUUAAAUUUUUCAGCGACAUUCAAUUUGUUUCUCUCGAUUAUUUCGGUCGCGCUUUUCUCCGCGACAGUCUUGAUCUCAAAUACACAUCGGACUUCAAAUCAGUUCCUCCAAAAAUAAGCGAAAUGUUGCCAAUUCAAGACUAUCCAAUGACUCAAGUCACAAGAGCUUGUCGAAAAAUUUUCAUGCCGUUGGAUAUUUUUUGA